GAAAUAAAUAAAUAAAUAAAAAAAGACAUCCUAGUAGCCUGACAUUUUUCACAUUUUAAAAUCUCUUACAAUUAUUGUCUUUUCCUUUCUCUUUACUAAGCCUGUCUGAUUAUGAUCUCUACAAGAUAACGAAUCUUGAUGCCCCGCAAAAAAUCUUUUCAUCGUUGUUGACAAAAUCACUCACGCCUACCCGAGAUCCAACACUCAAAGCUUGAGCCAACCUUGCAAGGAUCCACAUCCUUGCAGAUUAUGGCGCCAAAUUGACUGGUGUUGGAGCUGGAAGUUGUCGAAAUGGGAGGAUUUUUUGUGAUGUUUUGAGGGUCAAUUUCGAAAGAAAAUGGCUUUGGUUUCUUGCAGGAAUUGAUUGCUGUUUUGCAUGUUCUUGAGAGGGAAUUCUAGCUUUGAGAUUUUAACAUGAGCUCUGAUGUGGCUUAGCGAAUUGUGAAGAAAGUUUGUUUUUUUGGAUAAGGAAAUCACAUAAAACGAAAAAAGGGAAUGGCAGCUCCAGUUGAGCCUCCAAAUGGGGUUCGGAUUCAGGGGAAGCAUUACUAUUCCAUGUGGCAAACUUUGUUUGAGAUUGACACGAAAUAUGUGCCGAUCAAGCCUAUAGGUCGAGGGGCUUAUGGUAUUGUGUGCUCUUCUGUGAAUAGAGAAACUAAUGAGAAAGUUGCGAUUAAAAAGAUACACAAUGCUUUCGAAAACCGUGUUGAUGCGCUGAGAACUUUAAGGGAACUGAAGCUUCUUCGGCAUCUUCGACAUGAAAAUGUGAUUGCUUUGAAAGAUGUGAUGAUGCCUACCCAGAGAAGAAGCUUUAAUGAUGUUUAUCUGGUUUAUGAACUCAUGGAUACGGAUCUGCAUCAAAUUAUCAAGUCUUCUCAAGCACUUUCUAAUGAUCACUGCCAAUAUUUCCUAUUUCAGUUGCUUCGUGGUCUGAAAUAUCUUCACUCAGCAAAUAUUCUCCAUCGUGACUUGAAGCCUGGAAACCUUCUCAUCAAUGCGAACUGUGACCUAAAAAUCUGUGAUUUUGGGCUGGCGCGCACUAGCAAUGGCAACAACCAGUUCAUGACUGAGUAUGUUGUCACUCGUUGGUAUCGAGCUCCAGAGCUCCUUCUAUGCUGUGAUAAUUAUGGGACAUCAAUUGAUGUCUGGUCUGUAGGAUGCAUCUUUGCAGAGCUUCUAGGUCGGAAGCCUAUCUUCCCCGGCACAGAAUGUCUCAAUCAGCUUAAACUUAUCAUCAACAUCCUUGGAAGUCAAAGUGAGGAGGAUCUUGAAUUUAUUGAUAACAUGAAGGCAAAGAAAUAUAUCAAGUCACUUCCUUAUUCACCCGGGACUCCCUUUUCCCACCUUUAUCCUAAUGCACAUCCUUUGGCAAUUGAUCUGCUACAAAAAAUGCUUAUUUUUGACCCAUCAAAGAGGAUCACUGUCACUGGAGCACUGGAACACCCUUACAUGUCUCCACUAUAUGAUCCCAGCUGCAACCCUCCAGCUCAGGUCCCAAUUGAUCUUGACAUAGAUGAGGAAUUGGGGGAAGAAAUGAUACGAGAGAUGAUGUGGAAGGAGAUGCUUCUUUACCAUCCUGAGGCUGCAGCGGCCAAUGGUGAGGUGUGUGCUCCUAAUCUCGUCUGUUAAUUCUGCUGGCCUAAGAGGGUUGCUAUUUUGCUUAAACCAAUGAAGUUUUGGUUGGUGUUACUAGUUCUUUUGUUCAUGCUGUAUUUCCCCUGUUUCAAUAAGCUUAAAGAAGCAUGCACCAGCCAGCUACGCUGGCUGUGCAUGAUAUGACUAAUUUUUGUUUUAAGAGUGUGUUUAUGAGCUUGAGCUCUGAAAAUUAGGUGGCCCUUUCGGUUUGUAUAUAGGUGUGUUUUUGUACGUUUCUGGGAAAACUUCCUUUGUAAAUGUAGUGACUGAAGAUGUGUGCCGAGACUAUAAUUAUGACCUAGUUUCAUGAGGAAAAAAUCUCCCUAAUGGGUGCCAGGCAGUGAGCUUCUAGUUCUACCUUGCUUUUUAUCCAUGUAAUGAGCAAACAUGUACUGGUAAUAAGGUGGUAAGUUAUAGCACCUCUUAACCUA